CGCGGGCCCGGAAGCGCCGAGUGGGAGCCAACAUGGCGGAUGUGGAUACCUCUCAUAAGUUGUCAGGGAUGCCUCCGCCAUCUGAAGGGGUGGGAGGAGGCCGCUGUUCGGAAAUCUCCACCGAGCUCAUUCGCUCCCUGACAGAGCUGCAGGAGCUGGAGGCUGUAUACGAACGGCUCUGCGGCGAGGAGAAAGUGGUGGAGAGAGAACUGGAUGCUCUUUUGGAACAGCAAAACACCAUCGAAAGUAAGAUGGUCACUCUUCACCGAAUGGGUCCCAAUCUGCAGUUGAUUGAGGGAGAUGCAAAGCAGCUCGCUGGAAUGAUCACCUUUACCUGCAACCUAGCUGAGAAUGUAUCCAGUAAAGUCCGUCAGCUUGACUUAGCUAAGAACCGCCUCUAUCAGGCCAUUCAGAGAGCUGAUGACAUCUUGGACCUGAAGUUCUGCAUGGAUGGAGUUCAGACUGCUUUGAGGAACGAAGAUUAUGAGCAGGCUGCAGCCCACAUUCAUCGCUACUUGUGCCUGGACAAGUCAGUUAUUGAGCUCAGCCGACAGGGAAAAGAAGGGAGCAUGAUCGAUGCCAACCUGAAACUGCUGCAGGAAGCUGAGCAGCGUCUCAAAGGCAUUGUAGAAGAGAAGUUUGCCAUGGCCACCAAGGAAGGGGAUCUGCCCCAGGUGGAGCGCUUCUUCAAGAUCUUCCCACUGCUCGGCUUGCACGAGGAGGGAUUAAGCAAGUUCUCAGAAUACCUUUGCAAGCAGGUGGCCAGUAAAGCUGAGGAGAAUCUGCUUUUGGUGCUAGGGUCGGACAUGAGCGAUCGAAGAGCUGCGGUCAUCUUUGCAGAUACUCUCACUCUCCUGUUUGAAGGGAUUGCCCGCAUUGUGGAGACCCACCAACCCAUAGUGGAGACCUACUAUGGGCCAGGGAGACUUUAUACCCUGAUCAAAUAUCUGCAAGUGGAAUGUGACAGGCAGGUGGAGAAGGUGGUAGACAAAUUCAUCCAACAGAGGGACUACCACCAGCAGUUCCGGCAUGUCCAGAACAACUUGAUGAGAAAUUCUGCAACAGAAAAAAUUGAACCAAGGGAACUGGACCCCAUCCUGACUGAGGUCACCCUGAUGAAUGCCCGCAGUGAGCUGUACUUACGCUUCCUCAGGAAGAGGAUCAGCUCUGAUUUUGAGGUGGGCGAUUCCAUGGCCUCAGAAGAAGUGAAGCAAGAGCACCAGAAGUGUCUGGACAAACUCCUCAAUAACUGCCUGUUGAGCUGUACCAUGCAAGAGCUGAUUGGCUUUUAUAUUACCAUGGAGGAGUACUUCAUGAGGGAGACUGUCAAUAAGGCCGUGGCUCUGGACACCUAUGAGAAAGGCCAGUUGACAUCCAGCAUGGUGGAUGAUGUCUUCUACAUUGUCAAGAAGUGCAUUGGGCGGGCUCUGUCCAGCUCUAGCAUCGACUGUCUCUGUGCCAUGAUCAACCUCGCCACCACAGAGCUGGAGUCUGACUUCAGGGACGUUCUGUGUAACAAGCUGCGGAUGGGUUUCCCAGCCACCACCUUGCAGGACAUCCAGCGUGGAGUGACAAGUGCCGUGAACAUCAUGCACAGCAGCCUUCAGCAGGGCAAAUUCGACACAAAAGGCAUCGAGAGCACCGACGAGGCCAAGCUGUCCUUCCUGGUGACUCUGAACAACGUGGAGGUCUGCAGUGAGAACAUCUCUACUUUGAAGAAGACGCUGGAGAGUGACUGCACCAAGCUGUUCAGCCAGGGCAUUGGAGGGGAGCAGGCCCAGGCCAAGUUUGACAGCUGCCUCUCUGACUUGGCCGCUGUGUCCAACAAAUUCCGGGACCUCUUGCAGGAGGGACUGGCCGAGCUCAACAGCACAGCAGUCAAGCCGCAGGUGCAGCCGUGGAUCAACACCUUUCUCUCAGUCUCCCACAACAUCGAGGAGGAAGAAUUCAAUGACUAUGAGGCCAACGACCCUUGGGUACAACAGUUCAUCCUUAACUUGGAGCAGCAGAUGGCAGAGUUCAAGGCCAGCCUGUCCCCAGUCAUCUAUGACAGCCUGACCGGACUCAUGACCAGCCUCGUUGCUGUCGAGUUGGAGAAAGUGGUGCUGAAAUCCACCUUCAACCGGCUGGGGGGUCUGCAGUUCGACAAGGAGCUGAGGUCACUUAUUGCCUACCUUACCACGGUGACCACCUGGACCAUCCGAGACAAGUUUGCCCGGCUCUCCCAGAUGGCCACAAUCCUCAAUCUGGAGCGGGUGACUGAGAUCCUAGAUUACUGGGGUGCCAACUCCGGCCCGUUGACGUGGCGCCUGACCCCUGCCGAGGUCCGCCAGGUGCUGGCUCUGCGCAUAGACUUCCGCAGCGAGGACAUCAAGCGGCUGCGCCUGUAGCGGCCGGGGCGAGCAUCCAGCCACAUGUCUGGGGCCCAUUCCCCACGAGCCACAGCCACGGAGACGGCAAGGCAGUCUGGCUUAGGGAAGCUCUGACAGCUCGGACUGCCCCGCUGCCCAGGCCUGGAUUCUCCAUGCUCUGCCCUCAGAGCUAGCUGAGGGGGCAGCUUUCCCCACCCAGAGAGGUGGACCCCCUGAGAAGGCAGCACACACGGCCGGCCGGCCUCUCACCCACACACACUACAGCAAGCAGGCUGUUCCUUCCAGCCGAGGGGACCGGUACAUCUGGGGACAUGGGAGCUCGGCUGGACUCCAAGGGAAGGCUGUGACAUUUAUGAUCCCCGAAUAAAGACACUCUCAGAGAGA